UGUGCAUGAUAGGAUGUAGACGCAACGACUCUCAGUCCUUUACCAACGCCUAGAGAUUUCACACUGCUGUGAUUGAGAGAAUAUUCCUUAUAUUUGAUAAUAAAUGGACGGACCAGGAGCUGCAGCAUUAACGAUCCACUUGUCACCAAGGGAGAGGAAUUAUUGGAAGUAAUGGGGAAUACAACACCAAAACCACUAAUAGAUGCCAGUCUACAUCACCGCCCUGUGGCCAACCGCCAGUACUGCAUUAUUUCCAACAGUGGAGUGGACCGCCACACAUCUGCCCCACCAAUCAGCAAUGAGUCGCCCCGUUUUCACCCCCACGCCAAGGGCAAAAACAUCCGGUUGGACGCACAACUGCGUCGGGCCACGCGCAAGAACAGUUUCUGUAAUGGCAUCACCUUCAGUCAACGACCCGUACGUUUGUACGAGAAGGUGCGUUUGCAUCUCUCGGGAGUCCACACAGGCUGGAGUGGGGCUCUACGCUUUGGUUUCACCAGUUUAGACCCUAGCGAACUUGCCUUAGCUGACAUUCCUAAAUAUGCCUGCCCUGACCUGGUGACCAGGCCCGGAUACUGGGCCAAAGCCCUGCCAGAAAGACUGGCCAUGAGAGACAAUGUUCUGGCCUUCUGGGCUGACCGACACGGGCGGGUCUUCUACAGCAUCAAUGAUGGAGAGCCCAUCCUCUUCCACUGCGGUCUAAGUGUUUCCUGUCCGCUCUGGGCCAUCAUAGACAUCUAUGGAAUCACACAAGAAGUUACAUUGCUAGAGAGCACGUUUGCUGAGAGCGUGGGCGCGAACAAUCUGAGCACCACUCGACUUAGUGCCUAUCUGCCCCAGAGCAACCAUGAUUCGGCCAAUUACAACAACAACCAGCUGGAGACCAACCAGGCCGCCGCGGCAAAGUUUGCCACUCUACAGCUCCGCAACUACAACCAGCUCAUCCCCUGCUGCUCCACAUCUUCCACCCCAUCCAACGCCUUCACCGCCCAGAGAGCAGUCCAUGGCCUCUCCUUGCCCCUCGACACUGACCUACACUUUCACCCGGUGCGAGGCCCUGACGUGGUCCUCUCUAAUGACCGCACAGUUGCGUGUACCCACUUUCUAAACAGAAGCAGAACUCUAAUGUUCAGCGACAGGCCCGUUCGCGUGGGCGAGACUCUUUAUGUGGAGGUCGGCCAUCUCGGCUUGCCAUAUUUUGGGGCACUUCUGUUUGGCAUGACUUCUUGUGAUCCAGGCACCCUCAAUGCGGGUGAGCUUCCUGCUGACCCGGAAGUUCUUCUAGACCGUAAGGAGUACUGGGUGGUGUACAGGGGUUUUCCUGUGCCAGCGGCGGGCGAUGUGCUCAGCUUUACUCUUCUGGCCAAUGGGGAGGUACAUCACGGUAUUAAUGGAGGGGCGCGUGGUCGUCUGUUCUGUGUCGACUCAUCUCAAGUUUUAUGGGCCUUCUUCACUCUGCACGGGGCCGUAAACCGACUCAGGAUACUAGGAACAUUGCAGGCCAGUCCACCCACCUCCCCAUCAGUGUCUCAGGGAUCAACACCUGACGACAGUGACUCUGAUCUGGUUUUCAGUGCCAACAGAUCCUCAUCAGCUUCUGAGUCCUCUCUCGUGACGGCUCCCAGCUCUCCCCUCAGUCCACCUGUCUCACCCACCCUCUCCUCAUCAGACAUGCCGUUGAGCAACAAGAAAAGUGAGUGUACAGUCUGUUUUGAUCAGGAGGUGGACACUGUCAUCUAUACGUGUGGACACAUGUGUUUGUGUAAUGACUGCGGACUGAGACUCAAGAGACAGAUUAAUGCGUGUUGUCCCAUCUGUCGGAGACCCAUAAAGGACGUCAUCAAAACCUACAGGCCAUGAAGGGACUAUAACAAAGGAUUCAGCGGAAAACUUGGUACCUGUGGUUUAAUAUCUUGUAUGUAGCUUUGAUUUGUGUAGCAUUACGCUCUUGUCCAUAUUUCUCUCAACUCAUAUUUUAUCAUACAAAAAAUCUGAAGCCAAACGUACUUUAAGACGUGGUUUAUGAGGAUUAUCAAAGGUUUGUCUGAUACCAAUUUUGAUCAGAUAUUAUUAGUGCCUUUUAUAUUUUUUAGUGUUCCUAAAGCAGCACCUAAUGGAUUAGACAAUCAUAUCUGGGAUGUUUUGUAAAGGUAUUAUUAAUAAUAAAAAUAACAAAAAACAUAUUAUUUAAAGGGACCUGGACAUGCAAAAAGAAAAUAACAUUUUUUACAAGUAACUGAUUAAAGGGAUAGUUCACUCAAAAAUGAAAAUUCUGUCAUUUACCCACUUUCUUAACAGAAAGGAGAUGUUUUAAUGAAUAUCUCGAUCCAUCUUUUCAAUACAAAGGCAGUUGAUAGUGCCUCACUUUAAAGCUUAAAAAAGUUGCCUGAUCUCAUGAAAAUUACUUGACCAUGGCAACAUUUUAGCUAAAUGAAAUUGCGUGCUUCAUUAAACGUUUCGCUGCAGUUUCCCAGUGAAAUGUCCAGCGGGGGGCGCCAAAAGCGAGUGCAAUGGUGUCGUAAUCAGACGAGGUUUUUAAGGUGAAUGUUAGAUGGAUGUUUUAAUGAGUAAAACGUACCUCCCUAACUUAAAAUGUUAACCUAAAUCUAACCAAUAGUGUUUUAAAUGCAAAUGAGAGGUGAACAAAGCAGACAACCUUACCCUUUACCAACACUAGGCCUGUUUUGACUAUAAAAUAAUCGUCUGACCGUGGUUAUGUGAUCUAACCCCUGUUAUUUGAGAUAACCGUGAUUAUUAUGCACUUAAAAUCCCAAUAAUAUUUUAAUACCCAAAUAAGGGAAUUUUAAGCGAAUAUAUAAAUGCCAUAAACAGUGCGUUUGUGUGUCAUUCAUUUGAACUCCGAGCGUGAGCCACACUGAGCCGCAACGUGGAUGUCAACCAGAGCAGCUCCUGUCCUGAAGACUGAUGUGCACGCUGUCAGCGUGGCUUGUGAAGAAGUCCCACGAAAAUAUAAAAAAACAAAUAUAAACUUUGAUAGUAAACGCAAAGCGCGCCAGCUUCACUUUAAAUGAUUGUGUAAUGGCAAAUGUUCCUGGUCAUAGCGGGUUCAUACACACUGUGUUAUUGACACGCAGCGACACAGAGGAGACACACAUGUUUACUCUAAUUCUGUGGAGUGAUAAAAUUAUUAAAUAAAAUCUCAAAGGUUUUGCUUUAAUAGAAGGGUGCGUGGGUUUUUCCAAAGAGCAUUAAAACAAAUAUUUUACUAUUGCAUAAUAUAAUAUAAUAAUAAUAAAAAUACAUAAAUUUAUAUUUCUUUUUUAAAAUAUAAAAUAUAUGAGUUCCAAAAACAACAGUGCAAAUGUAAAAUUGACCGAAACUCAAGUUGACCAAAAAGAGAGACAUAUUUUAAGUAUUUAGAAAUAUUUUGAUAUUUAAAACAUUGUUUUUCAUGUCAUUAUACUUUUUUUUUCUCCUAAUUUGGAAUGUCCAAUUCCCAAUGUACACACUAAGUCCUUGUGAUGGUGUAGUGACUUACCUCAGUCCAGGUGGCAGAGGAUGGAUCCCAGCUGCCUCUGCAUCUGGGACUGUCUACUUGCACAUCUUAUCUUGUGGCUUGCUGGGCACACCACUGCAGGGACAGUGUGUGUGGAGGCUUCAUGCCCAACUCACCACAUGCCCCACCAAGACCAAACCACCUAAUGGAGAUCUCAAGGAGGUUACCCCGUAUAACUCUACCCUCCCAGGCCAAUUUGGUUGCUAAGGAGACGCAGCUGGAGUCACUCAGCACACCCUGGGAUUUGAACCAGUGAACUCCAGGGGUGGUAGCCAGCGUCUUUACCACUGAGCUACCAGGGUCCCCUCAUUAUACAUUUUUAAAGUCUUAAAAGUAAAUCAUAUAUCCCUAUUUUAUUUUUUGAUUUAUAUAUUUGAAGUUAAAUAUGUAAAAAUCACUUCUUAAGGUGUAUGAAGCACACAUGCACCUUAAGAAAUAUGACCAUAUAUAUGACAAUUAAUGGUGAAAGCCCUAAAAGAGACAGUUAAUCAUCAUAGCCCUAAAACAGAUAAUCGUUAUAAUCGCAAUUAUUUGUUUGACAAUUAAUUGUCAGCUAAAUUCCAUAAUCGUGACAGUCUUAACCAAUGCCUAAACCUAAUCGAUAGUGUGGAAAAAGCAAAUGUGUCAUUAAAGGAAAUUUUCUAAAGCAACCACCUCAUUUUGUGUUGCUUCUAAGACACUUUUGCCUCAUUUGUAAGCUUGCAUGUUUGGGCUCAAAACCGCGGUCUAAAGUUCAAGCCUCUAUCAGGUCAGCUACCGCGGAAGCUAAUCACAUUGGAAUAUGUGUGUAAAUGUAGAUGUGUCUGUAUCGUUUUUCAAAUGAUGGUAAAUAGUAAAAGUGUUUGAAUAUCAUAACAUAGCAGUGUGUGAGUAAUAGUGCUAGAAAUAAGUGUUUUUAAAGACAUAAUCAGCCGUUGUAGUCGUGAUUUGCGUGAAAGUGAAUAAAGCGCACGUUGUUUUAGCACCUCUAGUGUUAAUAUCACCAGGAAACUGCGGCGAAAUGUGAAACGUCAUUUUGCAAAAUGUAGUUAUAGUAACAUUCAUUUUAUGAGACUAGGUUACAAAAAAAGGGAUCUGCACGUAUCAUAAAAGUAGUCCAUGCGACUGUUGAGUGAGGUUCUUGUGAAAUUUUUAAUUGAAAGCCUUGACGUCCGUCGUGCGUUCAUGAGCACUGUAAGAGAAGCUCAUUCACUCGGCAGAUGAAUUUGGAACAACAUGAGUGUGAAUAAAUUAUGACAGAAUUUUUAUUUUUGGGAAAACUAUUCCUUUAAUACACAGGGCUACAAAUGUGAUCUUGUUAUUUUAAAGAAAAAAAUAACUGUUUUGUAUUUGUUUGCUAUUUUGAUUGCUGUGUUAAAGUGAAAAAAUAAGACUUGUGUUAUGACAGUUAAAGGGUUUGGAAAUUUGUUGCACUUAUAUCUAGAGGUAAACACAGCACAUCACAAAAUGCAUUGUGUAUCUGGACUACAAGUGAAGCAAAGGCAAAAAUCACCUGAACUACAACAGAAUAAUAAUAAUGCAUUACAUAGUUAUGGUUAGAAAUUAUAAUCCCUUUUACAGAUGUUCCUCAUAUAGGAAUAGUUCACCCAAAAUGAAAAUGAGCUGGUCAAGGAAUAAUAGUGAAGCAAGUUAUAGUACAUGUAGAAAAAAAGUUACAGCUGAAAUAUAACGUGUUUUAGUAAUAAUAACAAAGACAUGCUACUCAUAACUGCUUUUAAAAUAAUUUUAUUGGGUGACAAGUUUUUUUGCUUCAAACAUCUUCAAUAUGACAAUAUUUAUUUAUGGAUUAAACUGUUACACAUUCAGGCCAUAAAUGGGAGUCCAAUUCAGUUAAAUUUGGUGGCAUUCUUGUGACACGAAUGCAGAUGUUUUAUUCAACAUCCGCCUGGCUUCAAGAUUAAGAUGUUUUUAUGUGAUGUCCUAAAAUGGAAUAAUUAAAAACAUUAAAGAAAUACAUAUUUUA